AUGGACACUGAGCAGUCAGAGGGAACUCAACCUUCAGACAUGACCGGGUGUCUGUCUGAACCAGAACACAAAUUAUCACCUUAUUCACAAAAGACUCACCAAACUGACAGACAAAGAGCCAAAUCUCUGCCUGUAGCUCUAUAUCAGGAUGAAUCUUUCUCACAGAAGAAAUGUCCGACUGUAGACCGUGGAAAGAGAGUUCAGUUUGCAGACAUGAUGGGGCUGAACCUCACAAACGUCAGACACUUUGACAUCUCUGAUGAUGCAUCUGGAUUCCGGUGUCAUCUUCCAAACCAAGAGCUUCAACAUGGCAGUGAUCUGAUUCCAGCACGUUUGGUGCCAGCAUUCGACAUGCCUGUUAGUUCAAUGGAGUUUGAUAUGAAGUCAAACCGUCUGGGAGUCGCAUUGGAAAGCGUAACAGUAACCGCUUCUGAAGUGAAGGGUGUGAUCAGGCUGAUGCAGAGCAACGCAAGAAGAGAAGUUGGGGUCAGGUACACGUUAAAUGACUGGCUGACAUUUUCGGAUAUACAAGCUGUAUUAAGACUGGAUGAAGAAAAAGUGCUACAGUGGGAACGGUUCGACUUUAUUUUGCACGUGCCGCUCUGUUUUAACAAAGAUUCAUCUGUGCAUUUCGCAGUGUAUUGUCGGACUGAUCUCGGGGAAUACUGGGACAAUAACGAUGGAGAGAACUACACUUUAAAGUCAGGAUGA